AGCAACGACAAAAUUAUUGCACAUUUCACAAUUUUACAUCAGUUCGGCAGCGGCAUUUUUUUUGCUUUCUUCAUCUAAUCGCAUAAGAAGACUAGAAAAAAAUUGAAAAUUAAAAUCACGCGAGUUAAAGAAAUUCUUGUCAUUAAUUAACAAGAGCAGAAAAAAUACGCAAAACAAAAUUUAAGUUCGGCAGCCGAUAAACUUUGUUAUCUAACUUGAUCCUUUAACGUGUUACGUGUUGUAAAGGAAAAUGUCUCAAGAAGCUGAUAUACCAACCUUUAAAUGUGUUUUAGUUGGCGAUGGUGGUACCGGUAAAACUACGUUUGUAAAACGCCACAUGACGGGUGAAUUUGAGAAAAAGUAUGUGGCUACACUUGGGGUGGAAGUGCAUCCGCUCAUUUUUCAUACUAAUCGCGGAGCUAUUCGCUUUAAUGUUUGGGACACAGCUGGCCAGGAGAAGUUCGGCGGUUUACGUGAUGGUUAUUAUAUUCAGGGACAAUGCGCCAUCAUUAUGUUUGACGUAACCUCACGCGUAACAUAUAAGAAUGUACCCAAUUGGCAUAGAGACUUGGUUCGCGUUUGCGAAAAUAUUCCAAUAGUGUUGUGUGGCAACAAGGUGGACAUAAAAGACCGCAAAGUUAAAGCUAAGAGUAUUGUAUUCCAUAGAAAAAAGAAUUUACAGUACUAUGACAUCUCUGCUAAGUCGAAUUACAAUUUUGAGAAGCCCUUCCUAUGGUUAGCGCGAAAAUUGGUGGGUGAUCCGAAUUUGGAGUUUGUUGCUAUGCCAGCGUUAUUGCCGCCUGAAGUCAAAAUGGACAAGGAUUGGCAGUUGCAAAUUGAAAGAGAUUUGCAAGAGGCCCAGGAAACUGCCUUGCCCGACGAUGAUGAGGACUUGUAAACAAACCAAUUUACCAAUUAUAAUUACAAUUUCUUUGUAUAUUAUACUUAGAAUUUGUAUAUUAUAUUAGAAUUAUCGAAAAAUUAUAUACA